AGAUAAGAGACUCUGGCAUUGGUUAUGACUAGCCAGCUCUACCUAUCUCGUAUCUCGUAUCUCGUCUAGCACCUGUAUCUCAUCAAUGGGUUGCCCGAUAAGUAGCACCUCAAAUUCCACUCAGAAAUGUCAAGCCAUUGUGUGCCAUGGUCAGUUCAGUCAGUUUAACGAGUUGUUGAGGGCAGAAUGGCUAACUUAUUAACGUUCCUCUUGGUAAAUUUUUUGGGAUUUGGCUUGGUAUUCCAAUCCGUACGCUCGGAGUAUGGCGAUUUGGCUGGCAAUUGGCUAGUUGAUUAUGGCCAAGCGGAAUUGCGUUUGCUGAGCAAUGAAGCAUUAGAGCCAUUAGUGCGAAUUGAUGGUGUCCAACCCCGCAAUGGAGACGGCAGUGAUUUGUAUUUUGUAAUCCGUACGAUAGACACGGUCAGGGCCGAAGCGAAUCAUAUCAUUCAAUUCCAAGAGUUUGCUGCUAAUGGAAGCUGGCAGGGUGCGGUAACUGUGCAGGGUAAACGUUUCGGAUAUUCUCAGCUUAUAGUGGAACUGCACAGUCAACUGGCGCCAACGAAUAUAGAGACAUCCAGCCAAGAGCUGCCCAUUGCCGUGUUGCGUGACCGUGUGGUAGAUGAGAGGAUCACAACUUAUGUGUCAGCCGCUUUGGCCUUGCUGAUGUUCCUCAAUUUGGGUACAGUGCUUGAUCUGCAGCGUUUGCAGGGCAUCAUAUGUCGUCCCAUUGGUCCCAUGGUGGGCAUUGCCAGUCGUUUUGUAAUGAUGCCAGCCCUGGCCUUUGGCCUGGGACGAGCCUUGUGGUCAUCGUCCUCCGCAAAUGAGCAGUCCCUGCAAUUGGCAUUGUUCUACACGGCUCUGGCACCCAGUGGCGGGUUGGCCAAUGUCUGUGCCGUUUUCCUAAAGGGCAAUGUGAAUCUUUCGGUGGCUACAACCACCAUCAAUAGUUUGUUGGCCCUGGCCUUUCUGCCAUUGUGGAUUAUGGUAAUGGCGCGAUAUGUCUAUGAUGAUGAUCAGUUGAUGGUGCCAUUCGGCCAGCUAUCUGGUGGAACUGUUGCUCUGGUUGUGUGCCUAGCCCUGGGCAUGAUCCUGCGUCUGUGUGUACCCAAGACUACGCGUUUCAUUUUCCGUUUCCUCAAGCCUCUAUCCGUGGUUCUCAGUUUGUGUCUAGUGGGUUUGACAGUGGGCCUCAAUUGGUUCGUAUUCGCUGAAUUCAGCUGGCAGGUAUUGGUUGCCGCCCUAUGUCUGCCUAUAGCCGGCUAUAUGGCCACUUAUCUGUUGUCCAAGCUUCUUUGUCGCUCGCCCACCGAUGCGCUGACAUUGGCCAUUGAGACGAGUGUUCUUAAUAUGACAAUGCCGAUUGUUUUACUUCAAUCCAGCCGUUUGGAACAGCCUCAAAUGGAUCUGGUGCUAGUCGUCCCCAUUGCCUCAUCAUUGCUGUCUCUCCUCCUGGUCGUUGUGCUCUAUGUGGUGCGACGUUGUUUCGGCUGGAACGUCAGACAAGAUGACGAUGGCUUCGAUCACAAGCGUCUGCUGGCCGAGCACGAUGAAACGGUCUAUCAGAGGCCUUGAAUCAAUCACUUCCGCUAGCGUAUACCCAACCCCUUUGCAUAUAACUACUUAGGAAUUAGCAUAUAUGUAUUUAGAUAAGAAAUAUAUAAAAAUACCUACAAUACCUUAAAAUCAGUAAGUUGGUAAAUGAAAAGAUAAGUAAGUAAAAAAAAAAAAACCAAAAUUACUCGCGGACGCCUUUCAGCGAUAAGCUCAUAAGAAACCGGCUAAAACGAAGCCUUGUAAAUUAAUAAUCAUAUCGGCAGCCAUUCAAAGAUUUGCACACAGAUUUUUGAUUACUAAAAAAGUUGUUUCAAUGUUCAUUCAUUUACCAAAAUACAGCUCUGACUUUGUAACUUUGCCAAGUUUUAGCCGAUUUUCGACAAAUUGUAUCUCAUUUGCGAU